AUGCGGCCGGUGCGUUUUUUGUUUUCUGCUGCAGCCACCGCUGCGCCUCAGGCAACGAAGGAGACUUCCAAAGCUGCAGCAGCGGGUAAACCACGUCGCGCGUUUGCACCGUUGCGCAUUCAUCCGUGGCAGGCGCAGUGCCUGGGCACCUCGCGCUCCGAGCUGCUGCCUCAGGGAGUGCUGUACCACGGCACCCACCUAGGCCCGCGCCCACUCAUCAUACUGGACCACACCACGAAGAGUGCCGCAGAGGCAGAAGAGGCGGCGAAGAAGUACGAGGCGCUGCUUUCCGAGUUGGCGUGGGGCCACGGCGCCGUGUACGUUCCGCUCCACGUGGACUACGCGGGCGCGACGCGGGACGUGCUGGACCAUUCCUGCCGCCAGGUAUGCGCCGUGAUGGAUGCGCUCGAUGUGCGCUGGACGCACUUCCUGGCGUACUCGUAUGGCUGCCUCGUCGCCGCGCGCAUGGCGGCCUCGGAGGAGUUCCCGCACCGCCUCGGCACCUUCACCUCCCUCGACACACCGCUGGUGACGCGUGAGCAGCUGAACAACACGCAGCGGCGCGAGGAUAUCGCCAAGGCGGAGAAGGACGUCAACGUGCCGGAGGCAGACUUAGCCUUCGCGAAGCACACCCUCCUUGGGUCGCUGGAGGAG